ACACACACACACACAGGGAGACAGUGGGCGGGCGAGGCAGAGUCGACGCUGUUUUUGCGCAGCAGGGAAAGUUUUCGAAGCUUUUGAAAUUUCUGCUUUGACAGAGUGAUCAUGGUGACCACUGAGCCCCACCAGAGUCAGGAUCUGCUGGUCCCCCCCCAGAACCAGGACCUACAGGACCAGCACAGCCAGCAGGAGGAGGACCGGGCCUCGCCCUUAUCCCCUUUGGCAGGAUUCGACCCAGAGAAGAUGAGUCAGGGUCCCGUCAACGCCAUCACGGUCCUCACUCUGCUGGACAAACUGGUCAACAUGCUGGACGCUGUGCAGGAAAACCAGCACAAGAUGGAGGUGCACCAGGUGGAGAUGGAGGGCGUGGUCAGAGGGAUCCAGGCUGACAUGACCAAACUGUCCAAGAGUCACAGUCACACCUCAAACACCGUCAGCAAGCUGCUGGACAAGAGCCGCAAGCUGUCCGUCACCAUGAAGGAGGUUCGUGAUAAGAUGGAGCGUCAGGGCGUCCAGGUGAAGAAGCUGGAGGCAAACCACGCCCACCUGAUCAGCAGGAACAACUUCAAAGUCCUCAUCUUCCAGGAGGAGAACGAGAUCCCCUCCAGUGUGUUUGUGAAGGAUCCUCCACCGUUCCCUCGGGAUGAGAUUGUGGAAGAAGGUGAGGAACCAGUGUCGGGCAUCGUCGAUGGCAACCGGUCCCAGGAGGGCGGGCUCCACACCAUUGACCUAUCAUCUGAUGAGGAUGUGGGUCUGGAGGCGGAACAAGAGGAAGAAGAGGCGUGGCCUCAUGACCUGGAGAACAUGGAGAAGUCCAGAGCGGAGAAGCUGAAACGAUCCAGUCUGAAGAAGGUCGACAGUCUGAAGAAGGCGUUCUCCAGGCAGAACAUCGAAAAGAAGAUGACCAAGAUAGGAACGAAGAUUGUGUCUGUGGAGCAAAGAGAAAAGAUCAAACAGAGAACGUCCAGCCUGAAGGUUUCCCCUCUGACAUUCAGCAUCAGGAAGCCUCGCAGCAGCUCCGACUCGCUGCCUGCCGAGGCCUCCGCUCAGACGGGGGAGUCGCUCACCACCGAGGCCGACGUCCUCAGCUCCCCGCCGGGGGCCACCAACCAGGAGGUCCCCUUCACCGAGGUCCACGCCCAGCUGGCCCCGGCCGAGCAGGAGGAGAAGCAGGAGGGGGUGAUGGAGGAGGUGAUGGAGGAGGUGAAGGAAGGUGAAGAGGCGUCGGUUGUGGUGGAGGCCGAUCUGUCGGUGGUGUCAGAGGGAGUCAGUCAGGAGUACGCUCUGUCCUCCACACUGCCUCAGGAGGAGAAAGGAGAGGAGGGAGGACCAGAGGAGGGCAAGGUGGAUAAGGAGAAGGAGAAGGAGGAGGAGCAGGAGGAGGAGCAGGAGGGGGGAGGUCCAAACGCUCGUUAAUAUUCAGAUUAAUGGAAGUGAACCGACAACAAAUCUGAGCCAUGAUGAGUCCAGACCUGAGCAAAGGUUCCAUGUUCCUGACAGUUUCAUGUUCAACUUUACAGUCAGUAGCUGCUUAGCUUAGCUUAGCUUAACUUAGCUUAGCUCAGCUUAGCAUAAAGAAGACAAACAGGAGCACGAGCUCUCAGAGGGAAAAACAAGAAGAGGGUUUGGUUCUGUUCAGGGUCAGAGCUCCGGUUUGUUCUGUGGUUCACUGAUAUUUCUCUGAUUGAUUGAUUGACAGAGACACACACAAACACACACACACACACACACACACACACACACACACACACACACACUAAGCCUUGGACUGGCUGCAUCUUUUCACUCACUUUGUUCUGAAGCUUCUUCGUUUGCUCUCGAUGUUUAUUCUCGUUUUCUGAAACAGAACUGAUCUGAGUGUGAUCACUUUCUGAACACUGAUCAAUAACAGUGAAACAUGUGACCAAGUGGAACCCAGCUGAAACAGCUGAGGUGAACAUGGUGCUGAACAGGCCCCUCCCCCUACGAUCCCCCGUGGACCGCCUCCAUGUUCCCCCGGUGGUCCUCUAACAUUCCUCUGAGGCUGCAGCAGGGUUCUCCUGAUGUGAAUAAGGUUCCCUCAACUCGAUGUGUCCUCAGGAUCCACCUGACUAACGUUCCCCUAACGUUCACCUGUAGCUCAUUGAAGGUUCCUGUAGCUUCCAUGUUUCACUGACUUUGUUAUGAUAUAAACAUGUUCUCUGAUGUUCUCUCUGCUGUCAGAAACUUUCUCACAGAGAUUAAAAAAACUAGAUUAAAAUCAAACAUGUUAGUGCUUCCACACUGAUCAAUAACCAGCCUGCUGUUUAUUUAGUUAGAGCACAGAAUGAUCAACACGUGUCUCAGGCCUCACUCUUCAAACUGAUCCAUCUGGUGUUUUCAGAUCUGUUGCUGAUUUUCUUCUUUUUCAUUUUAACACAUAAGAAACUUUGUGCUGCCAAAGAGUGUUUCCUGUGUCACCUGUCACGGUGUGUGACUCACCUGAGUGCUGUGUAUAAACAAUAAAACCAGGUAAAACCAUG